AUGGCCAAAAGUGUCGGCCGUUGUUGGUUGGAAGUUCAGGAAUAUGGGGAUAAGCGCGACUCCACCCGGCUGGCCGCAAAAGGCGACCGCAAAAGGUGCUGCGCCACGGGAAAACCCUCAAGUCCGUUUCUAGGCCUCGCUACGGCGUUACAGCACCACUCUAGCUCUAAACCUGAGGUUCGCUUGCUUCAGAACCCCCCGGCACCGCGCUCCAGCGAAGCUCCAGCGCUCUCUCGCACUGCUGCACCGCCGCUGGAUUCCCACCAGGUCCGGCCGUUUCUGCGGCCCGGUCUCCAUCUUCGCUUCUCGUCGAGCUAUGGACAGUCCAUACAAGCUGCGAUUCCAGAAAACACCGCCCUCGCCAGGGAGACCAAGUCUGCGGCCUAG